UUAAAUGGAUAAGAUGGAUAAAGACAAUCCUUCGGAAAGUGAUCAGUGUGAUGACAUGGAGAAGAAUAACAACGUGGCUUGUGACGAAAGUGAGGUUAUGGUGUUUGGCGGUGGUGAAAACAUGGAAAGCGAGCAUUACUUAGGGUUAGAUCGGCCAGCUAAAAGAGGAAGGGAGAUAAAUGGAGAGGAGCAGUGGAUUAGAGUGGGCCGAAAGGCAAAAAGAUUCAACAGAAGGGGAGUUAAUAAUGACGCGACGACGGGAACUGCGGAAGAAAUUACAUUUAUGACUGAAGUUUGUAUUACGUGUACAGAAAAACUACCGAAGCAAUUUGGAUUGGCGAAGCUAUUGAAAGCCGAAGGGAUACAGGGCAUAACACGAAUAAAAUACGUUAAUGAGUACAAAGUGUUGAUCCACUGUAGUAGUGAUAACAGUGCCGAGUCGCUAAUCCAAUCAAAGCGCUUUAACGAGGGUGGCUUUAAAUGUCAUAGAACGCUUGAAAAGAAUCAGUCGUAUGGUGUUAUUUUUGAUGUUGACCUUGAGAUGACUGAGGAGGAGAUAUUACAAGAUCUUGUAAGUGAUACGGCGAUUUUGGCAGUGAAACGUUUGAAACGCAGGAAUACUGCUGACGGAAAGUGGGUAACAAGUGAAGCUGUUAGAAUUACCUUUAAGGGCGCAUCUCUGCCGACAUAUGUUUAUAUAUAUGAUACUAGAACCAAGGUCUCUCCAUAUAACUAUCCUGUUACACAAUGUGCACGAUGCUGGCGGUAUGGCCACACUGUUAAAAUGUGCCCUUCUAGUAAAAUUGUGUGCCCUAAAUGCUCAGAGGACCAUCCUAAUUGCACGACAACAAUCUUUCAGUGCAACAACUGUUCGGGUCGUCAUAUGGCAAUGGCGAAAGUAUGCCCAGUGUAUGUGAAAGAACGGAAAAUAAGAGAUCUAAUGACAAAAUUUAAUUGUUCAUAUAAAAGGGCGCUUGCUAUGUACACUAUUCAUAUUCCGUCCCCAAUGUUUACACCUGAGAUAUUGCCACAAGAACCUUCUCAACCAGUUGAGUCACAAGCUCUAUUUGAACAAUCUCAGGAUACUCUGGAACCCCCUACAGAGAAACAUGAGCUUGAGAAGUCUAGCUACGCUGGGUCGGUUAAAACAAAUAAAGUCAACCCUAAUAGGAUAGUGAAUGCAAACAAGAAGAAAAGUGUGAAAAAUAGAAAAGAACAAGCGGAGAUCUUAUUUGAUGACAAUAUGUCGGUUAAGAGUGUCAGUGAAGGUGGUCCCAAGAGCCAAGAAGAACGAUCGGAGCACAAAGAAAAAAUUACCUGGCAGCUGUUGUUGGCUAAACUUAAGAGGAAACUGUUUGAAGAGGAAGGCGUUGCAUGGACAGAUAAGAUCAAGAGUUGUGUGAGUACCUUUUUAGAGGGGAUAAUAUCAAUAGUUUUACAGUAUAUGACAGACCUGCCAGGCUUAAGCUUUAUAAAAGAAUUAUGGGUAACAACUCACACAUCACCCUAAAUGU